GAAACCUGUCCCCCGAACCACAAAAGAUCUUCCAUUGCGAUGAUGUCAUCUCCCCUGGCCGAUGUUACGUCCACAAGUGCAUCCGCUGACAUCGACAAAGACCUUGCUGCAUUAGCUGAGUCCAUGCGCGAACUUAACUAUCGCAAGGAUUGUAUCGACAUCGAACUUGCUAUAUUAGCUGAGUCCGCGCGCGUCCUUCGCUCUCGCAAGAACGCUCUGGUCCCCCGCAUAUCUCGCCUUCCAACUGAGGUUCUCGAGAGCGUCUUCGAAUACUUGGAAGAAGUGAAGCGUUUCGAUGGAUCUGCGCACGAUGAUGUCCCUGCUUGUCUAGUGGUCACACACGUCUGCAGACACUGGCGCACAGUCGCUCUCGAGUGCCCCACUCUUUGGACAUUCAUCUAUACUCCCUCUCCUCGUUAUGUGGGUAUCAUGCUCGAGAGGUCGAAGGACUUUCCUUUAGUCGUCACCUACAACACUGAGGUCUCGCUACAAGAUUGCUUGGUGCCAAUCCUGUCACAACUACCUCGAAUCAAGAUCCUACGAUUUACCUCACCAUUUUGGGAAGUCAAGCACAUUACCGACUUGUUAUUAUCACAGCCCGCACCAUUGCUUGAAGUUUUCGAAUUCUACAGCUUGAAGCCCCCUGGUGCCCCAUUAUUCACACACAGGCUCACUUCAAGCGACAUCUUUAAAGAACGAGCACCUCGGCUUCGGAGUGUUGAACUUGGGAUGUUUAGCUUAAGCUUGGCAGCGCAUGUUUUCAGUGGGCUUCGAACUCUAUGCGUCACAAGAACGACCACCUAUCAAACUACCGUACCGGAGCUCCUGUCAGCUCUGAGCCGUAUGCCUGCAUUGGAGCAUCUUACGGUCGAGAAGCUGGACAUAGUUUCCAGCACAACGAAGCUCGACGAAGUGUCACUCGCUCGGUUGAAAAGUAUAGCGCUAGGUGCCAUCUCGAUCCGGGAUGCCACGUCUCUCUUCGAGCACUUAUCCAUUCCCGCCAAUGCCAAGAUCGCUCUAAAACUCACCAAAAUCGGUGGCCCUCAAGACUUUUCUGGUCUAUUUUCGGCCAUGAACAGGUAUCCUAAUGGGACUGGUUCCGUCUUUCGGUCCAUGCGCGCCAUCGACUAUUGUAUCCCUUCUUUUGUUGUCCAGUUUAGCACGUCAACGGAGAUGCAACAGCCAGACAUCUGGAAUACUCCUGACGAUGAUAUACGACUAUCAAUUCAAUUUACCUUCGAGGUAUGGGAGCAAGCCGAGCCAAGCAUCAUAUAUGAUAUAUGUCGGCUCGUCACUGGCACGCAAAACAAGAUUCAAACAUUCGCUUAUGGGUCAGAUCACCGUCCAACCAGAGAUUUCUGGCGCGCUGGGUCCGCCUUCUUGCCGGAGGUCGAAAUGAUCUAUAAUAACUGCAGCCACAUUGGAGGCCUCAUCGAUGCCCUCAAGAUCAACGAAGGCGAACAGGACCCAGAUAUAUCAUAUCCCUCCCUCCGCGCUCUAUUCAUCGAAUCGGUCACUUUCGAGGAUGGUGACGCUGAAAAGCUUAAGGAUGCCAUGAAAACGCGAGCCCAACAUGGUGUCUGCAUACAGUCCCUCCGACUCGUAGAGAACGAUUUUUUAAGCGCUGAUCAGAUUCAAGGUUUUAGGGAAGUGGUUACGGAUGUUGUGGAACAGGAUGGUCCUCUUACAAGGUUUGAGAAUUGGUGGGCAAACAGUUUUCAAUGCAGUGACUCUGACUCGUGGCCCGGGAUAAUGGAAUGA